CUUGUUUGCCAUUCCUUUUCCCAAAUGAUACUAUGUUGUCUUGUGCUACAAAUCAAUAAUCAAUUGCAAUGAAAUAUACAAACUAGACUCCUUCAUUAACACCAAUUCUUCCAAAAUGUACCCUCAACCCUUCAAUUCACAACAACAAGAACAACAACAACCCUACUAUUCGUUUUUCCCUCGCACUUCAGAUUCUUCGCUUCAUCCUCCCGGCACUAACCCAGUUGCAAAUUCAGCACCUUUUCCCGCCACCCAAACAGCAGAUUAUCAGAAUUGGGUCGCUCAACAACCUGAACCCAUCGGUUACGAUCUUCCCAAUGCGGCUGGUUCAUCAUACGAGACUUCUGCGCCUUCUGCAUGGAAUGCUACAUGGCCACAUCAAGUUUAUGGCAACGAGACUACAACAAUGUUGCCUAACCAAACCAAAUUCACCCAUGCGUUGAGGUGUGAAGUGUGUAAACUUGAUGUCAAUAGCCGAGAUUCAUAUGAAAAGCACAUCGCCGGAAAGAAACAUAAGAAAAAUUUACAAAGUGGCAUAAGUAGCUUCCAAGUACAAGCGUUAAUUGGUCCUGUAGUCAAGCAACCGGAGACUAAGAACCAGGUGGUACAGUCAAAGGUUUGCACAACUUGCAAUGUUUUGUGCACGAGUCACGACACAUAUAUUAAACAUAUUGCCGGGAAAAAGCACGCAGCUCAGGUUUGCUUGAUGUCUAAUGGUGGCAUUGGUCCAUCUAUUGCCGAAUUCAAGCGUAACGGAGUUGCUCCGUUUCAAAAAGCCGCUAAGAAAAUCAAGGUUGCUCAAUCUGCAUGGUGUGAAACUUGUAAGAUUAAUUGUAACAGCAGGGAUAUGUAUAUUACACACUUAGCCGGAAAGAAACACUUGAAGAACUUGGAGAAACUGUCGAAUCCGAAAAUCGACGUUGGCACCAGUUCCACUGCCACUGCUUCAAAUACUCUAAUCGGACCACAGGAAAAGCCAGGUACCGAUAAACCAAAAGCAACGAAGGCAUCAGAACUUGAUAUCGAGGCGAAGAAACGGAAAGUUGUGGAAGGAGGAACUGCGGUUAAUAAUGUUAAAACGUGUACUUUAUGCAAUGUGGUGUGUAAUAGCGAGACAGUUUUCAAUCUUCACCUUGUUGGGCAGAAGCAUGCUGCUAUGGUGAAGAAAGCAGGGUGAUGCACUGGUUGAGAUUAUUUUUGUCACUGUAUCAUCUAAACAUGGAGAGAGUGUGCACUAUGCAGUUUAUCAUUAUUAAUGGUUAAGUUUCAAGAUUUUCAUUGAAUGCAUUUGUAUAGUGUUUUAUUUGUAUUAUAGGAACUCAUUGGAGUUUGUGGUUUUGGGUAGAAAUAAUUGAUAACUUCCAUGAUGCAUCAUUGAGGCUUAUGGAUUGAAUUUAAUUUUUAAUAAAAUCUUUGGAUAAUAGUUGAUGGCUUC